AUGGCGGUCGAGUCCAGAUGGAUGCCGUGUCAGCUGAAAAUCGAGGUGAACAUCUGCAGCUGCGACUACGACGGCAUAAUCCUGGUGUCGGGAUGCGCGCCCGGUUUCGACGAGCCAGAACCCUUUCGCACGGUGUUGUACGCCGCGGCACAGAUCGAUUCCGCCCUGGGCGUGAUCGGAGCGGUUCUGCCCAUCAAUUUGCCCGCGAAAAGGCUCGUUUACAGUCCUACCGGACCCCUAAAUAUGGACUACCACGACGUGCGAAGCUUCGCCGAGGCGGCCACCAAGGGCAUCCAAAGAGCACUGAAGGCUGGCGUCAGGUGUCCAUUGCUGGCGCUUCUGCCGGACGUCCGGUUCGAGAACGUCGAGCUGGUGACUCUUCUUGGCGCUCUGGAGGGUCUCUACGUGCCUCUGGAGGUGCGAGAGAUCUGCCCUGACCGUUGCUACAAGGCGUGCCAGCUGGCAGUCUGGAGUCCGAUUUGCAGUAAGAAGCUUCAGGGUGUCGUGAAGCUGGCCACUGCGCUCGAAAGCGGAAGAUACGUCGCGAGGGACAUCGGUGGAGCCGACCCGGAGAGAAUGGCACCGCCGAGGGUCGAGGAGUAUCUCGCGGAGUUGUUCUGCGGCUCGAACGUGACGAUGCAAGUGGUGUCCGAUCAGGACACCCUGCUACAGGAGUAUCCGUUGUUCGCGUGCGUGAAUCGAGCCGCCUCGAUGAUCCCCCGCCACGCUGGCAGGAUUAUCUUCCUGACCUACGAGCCCCCUAAUCCUGCCUGCGUCCUGGAAACGGUGAUGCUCGUGGGAAAGGGUGUCACUUACGACACCGGCGGCGUCGACCUCAAGAUCCAGGGCGAUAUGUGCGGCAUGUCGAGGGACAAAUGUGGGGCGGCCGCUUGUGCUGGAUUCAUGCAGGUGGUGAAUUUACUGCAACCGCCGACGGUUAAAGCUGUGGCGGCUUUGUGCGUGGUGAGGAACAGCAUCGGCGAGAAUUCUUACGUUUCCGACGAGGUGAUCACGGCGAAAUCCGGGGUCAGGGUGCGUGUCGGGAAUACGGACGCGGAGGGUCGGAUGGCGAUGGCCGAUGCCCUCUGUCACAUCAAAGAAAUGGCCCUUUGCUCGGUUAACCCCCACCUCUUCACCGUCGCGACGCUCACCAGCCACGCUCUGCUAACGGCCGGUCGUGGAUACUCGAUCGCCAUGGACAACGCGGUGGCGCGGCUAGUCAGUAACGCAGAGAAGCUUCAAGCAUCCGGCGAGACGAUGGGCGACCCGUUCGAGAUAUCAAGGAUACGCAGAGAGGACUUCAAUUUCCACGAGGGUCUGACAGAAGGCGACGACGUUCUCCAAUCGGUGAACAAAGGGACCAGGAAGACGGAAAGGGGACAUCAGGGUCCGUCAGCGUUCCUCAUCAUGGCCUCUGGUCUGGAUCAGCACGGAGCCUGUAGCUGUUCCCCGUUAAAAUACACGCAUAUCGACCUUUGCGGACAUCUGCCGAAGCCACACCACCUACCCUACAGCGGCAACCCGGUCCUGGCACUGUCCUAUUGCUACCUGAUCCAAGGCAAGUGCCUGACAGUCCGAAACGACCUACCCUUCGAGAUGCAGUAUGUCUGCGAGACGGACUGCAAGCCCAUAUGCCUUCAACCCUGUCCACCCUGUCCACCUUGUCCUGUACCCUGCGAGAUCGAAGUCCCAUGUGGUCCCUGCGAUCCGUGUUGCCUGCCGAAUUGCUACCAACCCUGCCAACCCUGCGUGAUGCCGCGCGACUGUCCACCAUGCGGCGGAGAACCUGUGACCGUGGUCGAACCCAUUUGCAAGCCGAAUGUCCAGAAAGACGUGUGUUACUGA